AUGGGAGAAGUUAUCCAUGUCGUCCAACUCAAGUUUAAGCCGGAAGUUGACACUGGCAAAAUUGAGGAAAUCCUAGCUUCUUUAAAAGCAUUGAAGACCAAAUGCGUCCACCCAGACACCAAGAAAAAUUACAUCAGGUCCAUCCGACUUGGGCGGGAUAACUCCCCAGAAGGACUGCAGGUAUGUAAUGGCUACACCCAUAUGGUUGUCUCCGAAUUCGACAGUGUCGCUGAUAGAGACUACUACUCGUUGAAAGAUCCCGUCCAUAAGGCUCUGGCUGGUGGACUGCCUCCUUUCAUUGCUGCUUUGCAGGUGCUUGACAUUGAAGUAUGA